AUGAAUACGCACAAACGCCGUCGUCUGAACCCCGCCUCCACUUUGUCCAAACCGUUCAAGUCGCCUCUUCGUCGGCCGGUUCCUGCUACAGGGGCAGAGAAGGGGGGGACGUCUGAUACAGAUCUGGCAGCGGAUAGAAGCGGGGUGUCUUUGGCUGGUGCUUCGAUAGGGGGUAGUGGCAGCACCGCUGCGCAGGGAGAUGGAGAGGGAGGUGGAGCACCAGAACCAGCAACCCCAACUCGAACCCGAAUCCAAACCUCACCACCACACCCCCAAAAACACCACCAACCACGCACCCCCCAACCCAGCACCAGCACCAGCACCAGCACCAGCACCGGCAACACCAGCAACACACCAACCUGCACCGGCACCCGUACCCCCAAGCUGAAUCCCCUACGCACCCCCAGACUAACCCCCAACCUGAACCCCGAAAUCAAAACCCUCCAAACCAACCUAAAAGCCCUAAAAUCCGAACACGACACCCUCCACCAAGCCCUCCGCAUCGAACAGCAAAACAAAACCCUCGAGCUCGAACAGCUAAUCCAAAAGUGGCGGGCCGUGAGCCAGCGCGCAGCGGAGGAAGUGUUCCUCGGGGCGGCGGAGAGGGUGGGGCGGAUGGGGGGGUUAGAUGCUUUGAGGCAAGGUUCUCGUGGGAGGUCUUGGGGGUGGGAAGUGGAUUCUUCUGGGGGUAGUUGUUUUGAGGAGGAGGGGAUUAGGGAUGAGGAUGGGGGGAAGGAUGGGAAGGCGGAGGUGGAGGAUCAGGAGUUUACGAUGGGGGUUAUGUUGAAGAUGCUCAAUAUUGAUUUGAAGGUUAUUGGGUAUGAUGUUUCCAGGGAGGGGUGGGUUUGAUUUAGAGGGACAUGUGAUGCGAUGCAGAAGGGUAAGUCGUGGAUCGGUUGUGCUUCUGUUGUUUACUUUUACCCUACGUACUCCUAAUGUGUGUG